UAUACGCAGACGAUCUCAAACAAUUUUCUGUGCAAGUAAUACUGAUAAGUAUUUAAAACAAGUUUGAUCAUGACUAUAUCUUACUGAAGUGAAAACCCUUUGAUUCCAUAAUUAUUUUUGUCAGAUGGGUUUAUUUACGUGACGUCACAGUGCAUGUGCGUUAUUCUGAGAUCAUUUCAUUUCUAUAAAAGCCUGGCCCAGCAGCAACUGCAAAACGGUACAAAGGAAACUGAUACUAGACGUGAAUCUCCCGUCUGCAGAGCACGUUUAACUACAGGUCUACGGACCUAGAAGCUGGUAGACAGCUAGUUAUGCCCAAGGUCAAAGAGCAGAGGGGAGGAAAGGAUCAGUUUUUUGAAUGCAAUGAUGGAAGUGAUAGAAAUCAAGACAAAACAAAAGAAAAAGACCAAGAGCAGGAGGGAAAAGACCAGAGGAUGUCAAGCCGACCCCAGCCCUACAAUACUUGUACCCGCCUGUACCACACCGCUCAGAACAGGAAGGAUGACAUGGAAAGAAUUGACAGGGAGAACCGGGUUCAAACAAGGCGACUGGAUACCACUAAGCCCUCACGGGGAAUGGGACGAAUGGAGCAGUUGGCAGACUAUGAUCGGCAGGCCUCUUACAGGGGAUUACCCGCCCCCGGCCCCUCUAAUUUGACAGAGACCCCCUCAGAAGCCCACUUCAAGUUGAUGGUGAAAUCUCACUACUCCCGGGUUAAACUGACUGGAUUCCUGCAGUGAUUCCUGUCUGUCAUUCCUGGCACCGCCAUGUCUAACCUAUACCUGAGAGGCUAAAGUGGACAGUCUGUUGCCAGAUGCAGCUCAAGAUUUAGCUGAUUGAACUUUCUUUUUAAUUCAGUUGGUGUGUAUUUAGAGUGGAAUUGUGGAAUUGCUAUGUUUGUCA